AUGGUUAUAGAAUUUCAAAAAAAAAUCAAUAAUCUCAAUAAGAAAUACGAGGAAUUUCUCCAGAAAAAGACGAUACUUGAAGCAUCAGUGUCAGCUCUGAAUGAUAAAAUUAAGUUUUUAGAAGCCGAGAAAGGAAGAAAUGAAAAAGAGAUUAAAUGUUUGAAAAACGAUUUAAAACAAAUACGUGACGAAAGUGAUAAAAAUUACGAUACUGUCAGAGAUACAAUUGGACUAGCAAAUAAUUAUCGCGAAGAUUUAUUUAGUGUAAUCUUCGAACAAAUAAGACUUUUUGCAAAUGCGAGAGAUUCUCAAGAACAAAAUUCAAUUCUCGUAUCGCAAAAUGAUGUUUUAAAAGUAAAAAAUAAAGAGGUCAAAGAAAGAAAUCAUGCUCUAGAAAUAGAUAACACAAAUCUUAAAUUCUACGAGAAUCUUAAAUCAUCAUAUAAAGAACUAGAAGCGAAGAUCACUGAAUCUGAAAAUAAACUUAGAGAUAUCAAUAAGAGAUAUGGCGAACUUCUCACAGAACAUUCAAAUCUAGAAGUAAUUUAUGCCACACUUGAAAAUAAUUAUAAAGCUUUACAAGCUCAUGACGGAAAGAAUAAAAUAGAAAUUAAAAAUUUGGAAAAGGAAUUGAAAGAAAUACGAGACGAAAAAGAUAAAGUGGAAAAAGACUUGUUAAAAAUGAUCGAAGAACAGAAUAAAGAAAUUAAAGAAAAAAAUGAAAUGAUAGAAAAAUUAAAUGCAGAAAAUUGGUCUUGGCAUUGUUAG